AUGUCUCUCGAGGUCGACCAUACAGCAAAAAUCGACGCAGCACGCUCGCUACAAGCACAACUACAGAACACGCGCCUCUACAUUGUCGGCUAUCGCGAGCAAUUUGAUACCCACCAUGCUGCCGCUGCCGAGUCCGGCUCCAGUUCACUGUACGAAACGCGGACGGGGCUCACAGACCCGGCUGUCGUAGCUGUUGACGUCGCCUCGCAGAUUGCAUUCCUGAGAAAACUGAAGAUCCAGUAUCUGGAACAGAAGGCUAAGGACCAGUACAUCAAGACCAUCGUCAGCCCUGACGCGCCAAACAUCGACGCCAACGACAACGAGAAGCUCAGGGUAGUGAACGAGGCGAAAAAGGAAGCCUUGAAGGCCGCAAAGGCGCAUCUCGCAGAGAAGGACGGGGACAUCCGCAAGUUCGCCCCGCUGGUCGAGCAAGACUACAACAAAGCGAAACUGCUGACGGACGAGGCCUUCUCGCUCGCGAGCCAGAUCCUCGACGCGCGGCUGACGCUCACGCGCCUGCGCUCUGCGCACCCACUUCCGCGGCUCACGAUCCCGGCCGCGAAUGCGCAGCUAGAUGUGCAAGUGAUAGAGAUGCAGAAGCUUGACGACGCGCUGCAGGGCGUCAACGAGAACAUCGAGCGCGUAAAGGAGGCCGUGAAGGACGGCGCGCGAGAGUUUGAGCGGUUGCGCGUUGAGCGCGCGGACAUGGAGAAGCUCGUGCAGGCGGAGAAGGACGAGGGUGAGGACGAGACCGUAAUCGGGCUAUAUGACUGGUAUACUGCGUCACUCGCGCUCCAUCGCUCCCUCCUCUCACUGGAGACGUUCCACUUCGCAUCUGAGAAUGAGCUACACCUCAAGUACGCGAUUCCCCGCCAGGGAGAGGCACGGCGGCGGGAAGUGCAGAUCACCCUGCUGUUCGUGCCCAAUACGCGGCAACUCGCUGACGCGCAAAUCGAGGGACUCAGCGGGGACCUGGGGGACAUCGUUGGUGCACACAUCCAAGCAAAUGACGUACCCGGCCUCAUCGCGGCAGUCCUCGCGCGGGCACGGGCAGAACGCUAA